AUGUUGUUUGAAAAAACGGAUGAAAAUGAAAUUUUUGACGAAAAUUUUGGAAAGUUUGUUUCCGGAGCUGAUCUUCCAAGUUUUUCAAAUAAUGAUCCGGAUAUGUCGAAAUUUGGAAUGAUCAGGAAUGAACCAGAUGAUGGGAUGCCUAGUAAUUUGAAGAAAUCAGAUGGUAUCAAUAAUCAAGACGUAUUUGGUAAACACUCAUCUGAAAACGAUAUGAUGUCUGUACCGUCAAGUGAAAUAAUGCCUGAACUUCCAUUACCAGUUUUGGACGGAAAAUUGCUGAUCACCGCUGGAAAAGUCAGUGAAGAAAUGAUGAAAGAAUUCAGAGAAGACGAAACUAUGAAUAGUGUCAGUACUGGAAUAAGUCAAACAAAUAACAAUUUUCAAGGGCCAACAUCACAAAUGAGCGCAUUUCUCCACAGUGUGGCAGAUGGUGAUGUUGUUGAAAAGUUAAUUCAGAAUUCAAAUUUCAUUCACGUCAAAGAAAAUUCGAAUUUAUCUGAGUCGCAAAUUGAGAAUUCACUGGAUUUCCACACACUCAAUACGCCUAUUUCUCACCUAAAAAUAGUAACAGUGGCAGACGAUUAUACUUUAAAAGUUUUGGAUGACACUGCAGGGAAUGUUCUGAACAGUCCCAUUAUCUGGAGUAACCCACAAAUUUUCGUUGAACCUGUUCAUAUUGCAAAGUUUCAUUCAGGCCAUGAAAUUUUAUCUGUAAAGGCACAUGAUGCGUUUAAUAGUUCAUUGGAAUUCAUAUGCAUGCUACCGGCAGUUGCAUUUUGCGUCACAGAUUUACUUAGCAAUGACAGUUAUCGGUUACGAAUUGUUUACACGGGUACCAAGAACAUUACAAAUUUCAAUUUACCUCUUAUCAUCAGAACGCGAAGUCAUGGGAGAAAUUCGCAUACGAGUUGGAACGCCUUCAUACAUUUUGUUUCUGAUGAUUUGAACCCGGAUGACGAAAUUCAUCCCGAAAUCCCAAGUGUGACAAGUCAACAAACUACUGAACGUCAGGCAGAAACAACGAUUGAUAGUAAAUUCCAUGUACAACCAAAUUUCAUUGCUUCAGAGGAGCAACCGGUUCCAGUCUGGAACAAAUCCAUUAUUGAGCAUGAAGUGGCAAAAAUGAAGCCAAAAGCACCUGCUUUUAUUUUUAUGCCACAUUUCGAGCAUAACACCUAUGAAAUAUAUGUACCGGAAGGAAAAACAAGGUUUUAA